UUGACAACGAAUUCACGCCGCUUUUCGCCUUCGCGUUCCAAUGGCGGCGCUUGUCCCUUUGAAUCUAUGUCGCCAUGCUUCGAAGUUCCUCCAAGCGUGAGCCCUUGCAGGUGGUUGUGCGCUUGCGCCCCCUGGCCUCGUCAGAGACAGGUGGCACGCCCGGCAAGGCUUGGUUCAUUGAACAUCGUGAUGGACAGCAGUGGGUCUGCCACCAGGGGAAUGGCCGCGGCUCCGACGCCAAGGGCUCCUUCGCCUUUGACCUCUGCUUCGACGACGAGGCGAGCAACAAGGAACUCUUCGACGAUGCGGCGAGGAAGCUGGUGCAGUCCGCAGUGGCCGGUUCCAAUGCCUCGAUCUUGGCCUAUGGACAAACCAGCUCUGGCAAGACACACUCGAUCCUGGGCACUCCCUAUGAGCCGGGCAUCUUGCCGCUGGCGGUCGAGGAGAUCUUCGGCUUUCAGGAAGAUGGCCUCCGGGCAGUGGGGAAGCAGGCGAAGCUUUCCUACUACGAGAUUUUUAAUGAGAAGGUCACGGAUUUGCUGGCACAGGGCCAUGGAUCCACCUCGCUUCCAGUCAAGGAAGAUGCAGGCCAUGGCUUCUUCGUGCAAGGGCUCAGAGAGGCGCCAGUCUACAGCAGCGAGGACGUGCUUCGCCUCGUGGCGCGAGGGGAAGAGCGGAGGCGAUAUGCGAGAACCCGUUGGAACGACUACAGCAGUCGUUCACAUGUCAUCUUCACCCUCUCCUUCGAAGCGCGUGGCCCGCGCAUGGAGGCGCCCACGGGCCGAUCCAAGCUGAACAUCGUGGACCUUGCAGGCUGUGAGAAUCACAAGCACGAAGCAUCAGAGGAUGGUCGACACAUCAACCGAAGCCUUUUCUUCUUGGGCGAGGUGAUCUCCCGGUUGUGCAAAGAUGGCAGCCGAAGCAUGUCUCCCAUCCGGCGAUCACUCUGGCACAGCCGAAAGCAGGAGAAUGUCUUCACGCCUCGGCAUGGAAGCUUGGAAGUGAGACCCUCACGGUCCUCCUCGCCCGUGAGAGGUGUGGGCUUGCGAGAGGUUCGGACGCCGCCCAGCGCCCGCCGCGAGAAGAACGACUUCAUUCCAUACCGAGAUUCCAAAUUGACUCGCGUGCUUCGCUCAUCCUUAGGUGGAGAUGCCCUGACGUUGCUCCUGGUCACUGUUCAUCCUGCCGCAUGCUUCGCUGAACAGUCUUUGACCUCGUUGAGAUUUGCAACCAAAGCGCGAUCAGUUGACAACUACAUCCCAGCAGCUUCCGACCCAAAGACAACUGAGGCUGAGCGCCGUGCCAUGAGUGAUGCUCAACGCAUUAUCGAGGGCUUGCAAGAGAAGUUGCGCCGCUUGGAGUCACGGCCACCCCACUUCGGCCUGGCCGCGCCUGGGGAUUCGCAUCACUUCAGGCGUGGAGGAAGUCUACCCGAUGCAAGAGUCCGCAGGAUCCAGGACGACCCGAAUCAUGCGGCAGAUGCACUGCAGAAGGAGCUUCAAGACUUACGGAUGGAGCUGAAGGAAAAGGAGCGGGAGCUCGCCAACAAGGCGCGACUCUUGUCCGAGCGGGAUCGACAGCUUGGGCAGUUGAGAGAGCAGCUGGAUUUGGCUACACGCGUGAGCGAGAGGAGGCAUGGGCCAGAUGCUGGAGGUGGCCUUCCAGUAUUGGCAGACCAUUGGGUAUCUGCCACUGUGCCUGAAGGACUCCCAUAUGCCGGCGAGGAGUUUGAUGCGGCGAGCCAUACUUGGCCACUCACAUCGCUGGCCUCCAGGGCAGAGGACAUCCCGUGCCUUCGGAAGAGCAGCUUUGUCAUGCGCCAGCAAGCCUUGCCUGAGCGCAGCCCCGUCUCCGAAACGCAAGAGGAGCUGGUGGAGAAGUUAGUGAAGAUGGCAGCUUUGCAGAUCAAUACCUCCAAGGCACAGAAAAUGGCCGAGUCCAAGAUGCUCGGAGAGGAUGCAAAAGAGGUUGAGCAGCUGGUUCCAGUUCCAUCAAACCUCGAUGUGUCGAGCACUCCGCGCCGAGCUGAUCUGCGAGCUCCCAGGCGGGGUUGCCCUCCUGGACCUCCAAGCAAGUCACGAGGACUUGAGGAAGGUUGAACAGAAGGCGCUGAAGGAACGCCUGAAGGUGACAUGAGUUGCGUCGACAGGUGACUGUGUAGCUGUAGCUGUAGAAUAGAGCUGUAUAGCCAACCCCCCCAAGAAAGGCUGGAAGACUUGACA